AAGGAGUACCGUACGAGAAGGAUACGAGUACGAGUACCAUACAGAUUCUAACACAACAGUAAACCGAAGAUGAUGAAAGAUCCCAUUUGGUGCAAGUAAGCGUACCCGAUUGUUUUACCUUUUCCAAAGCCAUAUCUCUCUAAAGUCCAAAGACAYUAUGGAAGAGCAGAGAGCAAGCAUCGGGACCUAUCAUGUAAGCACAAACUCAAAAAUAAGUAGCAACGUUCCCGACAAUACAAAGCGCCGUCUUUGGCUUAGCCCCGAGGAAUUUACGAAACUGACAAGUAACGAAACGAUCACGAGUGACGCCGAUGGCAAUAGUAAUAAUGCGAACGGAAGACGAACGGCAACCGAUUCCUACGAUACUAYAUUCCGGAAAUUCUCCUCCAAGCCGCCCCGCAAGUCUCUAGCCGUUUUCCUGUCAAACAGUGUAGGUCUUCUUCAGGAAUUUGUACUGACAUGUCUUUUGCUUGCCGGACACCGGGCAGCUCGACUGGAAGAGCUUGGSUAUAACAAACGACAGCGGGGGAGGUCGGGCGUUCCAUCUUUUAUCGAUGUCAACAUCCAGUCGAGCCGACUGCUCACGUCRCUAGGGUUGAUUUGGCUCACACUGGUCAUAGCCGUYAUCCAGAACAAAUUCGAAAAUUCAAAGCGAUACACAGUACGGCACAGAAUCACCGAUUUCGUSUUGAUGGCGGUUCUCCUGAGAUUCUUGUCCGCCGUUCUUAAGACCCUAACGGCGUCAUACUCUUCGGAUACGGUGUAUGCCUUGUCGACUGUGAGCCUGUUCCUGCACCUGCUAGCAUGCGAUUACGAUUACGCCAAUGGGCUGAACAGUGCUGGCGAAGGCAAUGGUGAAGGCGAAGAAAACGAGGAAAACAAAGAUCCAACCAGUUACAGCGAGAAGAAUCUAGAUCGGCCGACUUUCAAGGGUGGAAUGGUGUCGCUUACCUCCGCAUUCUUUGCAACAACGCUGCUUGCAAGCCGAUUAGAGAACAACGCAGCGGUCUACUUGUUUGUUUGCUUCUCGGUGGUGCUAUUUGCACUAUACCCGGCCGCUCGCCACCUGGUGGCCGUGAAGGCAAGACGCGUCGGGAAAUGGGGUAAGUACGAUUCGAGCGAUGAACUGCUGCUCGGUAUGAUUCACUUUGGUUUGUGCGUUGGUGCUUCGYGAACGUUUCGAGAUUAAAUGAUUGUUCAUUCCUUGAAUUUUUUCUCAUUACGUUUUCAUUGUGAAAAAAUCCGGAAUUCUACCGYAUGUUURUAGUACCAUUGUUUGUUUCUGGGAUUCUGACUUACGCAUUAAUCCUCCUGUUGGAGCCGGGAGAGACCAUUGUGGUUCUGGYCAUCACCUCCUUUAUAGGUAUUUUUGUCCCCAUAUGGAAAUAUUAUCUACAAUCCUUUAAAAUCAGGCUAAGAGGACCUUGGGAUAUAGCUCAUAUAUAACUAGGAUUACAAUGUUAUUA